AUGAGGUUGAGAACGUCAAUACCGCUCUUGCUCACCACAGCAUUCAGUCUUUCCUCGGUGGCACAAGCUUGGGAUUGGCUACCAGCGACAGACGCAAACCGCACCCUGAACACCAACUUUGUCGUCAAAGCUGCACCACCAUCAUCCUACACCGGUUCCGAGCUCACCAGUGAUCAACUCCAAGGUCUCAACUCGACCGAUUUUUACCUGUACAACUACAUCACCACUGGCUACAAUGCCACCAAGGUGCAGCGAGCUGUCAUUAUGCUUCAUGGCUUAGGUCGUGAUGCGUGGUCCUACUUCGAUCAAACACAUACAGCGCUUCUCAAUGCCACUUCACGGAGAGAGCGUGCUACUCGCAAAGCCCGUUUACGGUCGCAUGAAGUGGUCGUUAUGGCUCCGAUCUUCCUCAACGAGCAAGAUCCAGGAAGUUAUCCUGUCGACGAGAACAAGCAGCCCAGCUCAAAUACUCUCGUCUGGAGAGGAAGCAACUGGGCACAAGGUGGAGACUCGAUCUAUCCCGCUACCAUUAUGGAUUCAAACAAUACAGCUUUUGAACCACCAGGUGUAUCUUCAUUCGAAGCGCUCGAUGCUGCCGUUGCUUGGUUCUCGAACAAGAGCCUGUUUCCCAACAUCAACACGAUCAUCGUUGCAGGCCACAGUCUAGGAGCGCAAAUGGUCCAACGCUAUGCACUCAUCGGCGCAGUUCCCUCCGGCACAGUUCCUGUGCACUUUGUCGUAGCCAACCCGGGCUCGUACGCAUACCUGACAGACUGGCGUCCACGAUCCUACUCGAAAUGCAACACCACCUUUAACAAUUGGAAGUUCGGUCUCAACGCAUACUCGCAAUCCUACCUCUCCGACUUUAUCGCUGACUCCCUCGACUCAACCAACGACGUAGAAAGCGUUGUUCAACGAUACCGUCGCCGUGUCGUCUCCUAUCUAUUUGGCCUAGAAGAUCACGGAAAAGGCGAUACAAGAUGUGAAGCUCUGGCACAGGGUACGACGCAUCUGGGACGAGGAAGGAAUUUUGUGAAGCAUCUGACAGAGAUGCAAGGUGGCUUUCCAACAGCACAUUCGGUCAACUAUAUUGAAGGGGUCAGCCAUGAUGGCUUGGGCAUGUUCCAGAGUCAGGCGGGGCUGGAGAGAUUGUUUUAUAUCAAUUUGAAUGGAACCGAGAGCCCAACGGCGGUAGGGGAUGACGAUUUGAGUGCGAUACAGUGGGCCAAGGCGAAGAACGCUUCGAUGACUUCUAAAGGUGUUGCGUUGCGGAGUGGUGCAGUUUUGAUUCUUCAAAAUGGUAUUGCAGCAGCAGUUGUGGUUGUGGUUGUGGUGAUGGUGGUGGUGGUUGCGUUGUGA